AUGAAGAGAACUAGCCUGCUGCUGGCGAUCGCGCUCCUUAUAAGGGAUGCAGCAUGCGAGCCACCAGUAGAUUCAGCUUCGUUACCGCUAGAACAUCGGGCGGGUGGUGGAUAUGGACCGCCACUCUCAGCAGCGCAAACCGACGAUGGCUGGCCCUUAGCAACACCUGACAGUCCAAAAAUAAAACAUCUACAAGUGCAAUGUGAAAAAACUCAUAUGCGAGUGAAUAUCGAGUUCGAUCGUCCCUUUUAUGGCAUGAUAUUUUCUAAAGGAUUCUACAGCGACCCACACUGCAUGCACCUCAAACCUGGAACUGGUCACCUAAGUGCUACAUUCGAAAUCUUUUUAAACAGCUGCGGUAUGUCCAGUUCUGCAAACCACAAUGUCGCAAGUUAUGGUAGCCCUACACCAAGUGGUUCAUACGUUGAGAACACUAUCAUUGUUCAAUAUGAUCCAUACGUUCAGGAAGUGUGGGAUCAAGCAAGAAAACUGCGGUGUACGUGGUAUGACUUCUAUGAAAAGGCUGUUACAUUCAGACCUUUCCAAGUUGACAUGCUACAUGCUGUCACAGCAAAUUUUCUCGGCGACAACCUUCAAUGUUGGAUGCAAAUUCAAGUUGGGAAAGGACCGUGGGCGUCAGAAGUAUCUGGAAUAGUCAAAAUUGGACAAACAAUGACGAUGGUACUUGCUAUCAAGGAUGACGAAAACAAAUUCGAUAUGCUAGUCCGUAACUGUGUAGCUCAUGACGGUAAAAGAGCACCCAUUCAACUUGUUGAUCAAUAUGGAUGCGUUGUUCGGCCAAAAAUAAUGAGCAAAUUCCAGAAGAUAAAGAACUUUGGACCAUCUGCUUCUGUUGUGUCUUUCGCGUACUUCCAAGCAUUUAAAUUCCCAGAUUCAAUGAAUGUGCAUUUCCAAUGUGUAAUUCAAGUCUGCAGGUACAAUUGUCCUGAACCGAAAUGUGGAUUAGGCGCUGACUAUGGAGUACCAUUACUGGGAGGCAAUGCUUUAAGCUCAGGUGAAUACGGUUUACCAAAUGCACCCCAUACAGAAUAUGGGCCACCGCCAUCCGCGCCUCAUAGUGAGUACGGAGUGCCGCCAGCAGCUUUCCCUGAUCCAAGGCAUCCAGCUGACGCUACUGGUGCAUUCUCAGAAAAACGUGACGAUGUCGUUCCACCCCCACAGGCUCAAGUGUCCUCAACGCCGAACGCUCCUAAUCCUUCCUCACCUGCCCCGACACGCGACGAUGACGAUGUAAAUCUUCCCCCGCCUCCACCACCUGGUCGUCGCGGAGUAUACAAUACUGUCAAAAGGAAAGACGAGGCUCAUGGCAAUCUUGCGACGUUAGGUGGUCGACCUAGAUCUGUAGAAGAUUUUCCGGAGAGAUUAGUCGGUGUCAGACGAAGAAGAGAGACAUCAUCCCCUAUACGAAUUUACAAGCGCGACGCUCAAGAGAUGACCGACGUAAACACAAGUAGAACUAUCCAGGUGGUGGCGCCUGGAGACGUCAACUUCGCACUAAAUAACGCAGCAUCCAAUGAAACCGUUGUAAUCCAAACACCUGCGUCAGACCCAGAGACGAUUUGCAUGUCGGUGCCGUCGUUUGUGGCAGGGCUUGUAAUGUUAUUAUUGGUGUUGAUAGUAGCCUCGCUGGUGGCAGCAUUUCUUUUUGUGCGUGUGCGUGCGCUCGAUAGGAAGGGUGCACAUGGCGCUACCGCCUAUUACGAAACGGAUUACGUGAAGCAUACGAAUUAG